UCAGUGCCCUCUCCUUUUUUUCGUAUUAUAUCUCUCUCUUUCUUCAUUCACUCAUAACUCUCUCUCUGGAGCAGAGCAUAGCACCAUUGAAUAAACAAAGAAAAUUACACCACAAAAGAGGAGAAGAAGAAGAGUGAAUCAUCAUCAAAACACACACAAGAAGAGACCUUAAUUGUGGUACAGAAGAAACAAGAGAAAUGAAGGAAUUUAUGUUUAUUUGUAUGUUGAUUAGUAUCUCAACUACUGUCUCUGUAGCAUCAUCAACAUCAUCUUCCUUGAGAAAGAAUCUGCCAGUACUAUCAUUUGAUGAAGGUUAUAAUCAUCUAUUUGGAGAUAGCAAUCUUGUGACUAAUUCUAAAGAUGAUGGUGGUAAAACAGUUCAUCUUUUACUAAACAAAAGAACAGGUUCAGGGUUUGUUUCUCAAGACCUUUAUCUUCAUGGAUUUUUCAGUGCUUCUAUCAAAUUACCAGCUGAUUAUACUGCCGGGGUUGUCGUUGCCUUUUACAUGUCAAAUGGAGAUAUAUUUGAGAGAAACCAUGAUGAAUUAGACUUUGAGUUCUUGGGCAACAUAAGAGGAAAAGAUUGGAAGAUUCAAACAAAUGUUUAUGGGAAUGGAAGCACAAAUAUUGGUAGAGAAGAAAGAUAUGGUCUCUGGUUUGAUCCAUCUCAAGAUUUUCACCACUACUCCAUUUUAUGGACUCAAUCUCACAUCAUAUUUUAUGUGGAUGAUAUAGCCAUAAGAGAAGUGAAAAGGAGUGAAGGAAUGGUUGGAGAUUUCCCUUCGAAGCCAAUGUCUUUGUAUGCAACUAUAUGGGAUGGUUCAACUUGGGCUACAAAUGGUGGUAAAUACAAGGUAAAUUACAGAUAUGCCCCUUAUGUUGCCGAAUUUACACACCUUGUUCUUCAUGGUUGCACGGUAGACCCAAUUGAACUAUCAUCCAUCAAUUGUGAUGGUGAUGCAACCACCAACAAUCUUGAUAUCUUGAGUUCAAUCAAAAAUACACUCUCGUCGGAUCAGCGGGUUGAAAUGAUGAAGUUUAGAGAGAAACAUAUGAUGUAUUCAUACUGCUACGACCACACAAGAUACUUGUCACCUCCAGAAGAAUGUGUGCUGGACAGCCUUGAAGCCAAGCGACUCCAACAAUUCGACCCGGUAACCUUCGGAAACGGACCUAUUGCUCCUAGACACAAGGGAAAAGGCAGACAUCGUCUUAGUCGAACGGGUUCAAUGGUCAACAUUUGAACAAGAUAGGUGGUAUGGUAUCAUCUUACAACCAUAUGGGUAUUAUUGAAUAAAUUUGAUUUUUUGUGCAAUUACAUUUUAUUUUAUAAGCCUUGUAUUAUUACAUUUGUGGAUUGAGAUGUGAUUUCUUAUUUUUGGAUAUUCUUGGUACUGUAUAUAACCAAUUCUUGUC